UUCACGGGGUAUUUUGCUGCGGAAGAACCCCCCUCUUCUUUCAUCGCUUCGACGGGGUUUUCCUUUUCCACACAAAACCAAUUUACCCGGCAAAACGAAAUCUUGCAUAAAUUUAAAAGAAAUGGGUUAAUAAACAAGCAUUCGAACAUUUGUGCACUAAGACAAUACUGAUUUGAAGCUCCCAGAGGAUCAAACAUCUAGGGUUUUUGAUUCGCGUUCACUGAGAAAUUAGGGUUUCUUUCCGAAAAUGUACGGCGGAGACGAGUAUGAUCCCUCAAUGAACGAUGAGGACGAAGAGAUCACUCAGGAAGAUGCCUGGGCGGUGAUCAGUGCUUACUUCGAGGAGAAAGGUCUCGUGAGGCAACAGCUCGAUUCCUUCGAUGAAUUCAUCCAGAACACUAUGCAAGAAAUUGUUGACGAGUCUGCCGACAUCGAGAUCCGUCCCGAGUCACAGCACAACCCCGGUCGCCAGUCCGACUUCCUUGAGACUAUAUACAAGAUUAGCUUUGGUCAGAUAUACUUGAGUAAGCCCAUGAUGACGGAGUCGGACGGUGAAACUGCAACCUUGUUUCCAAAGGCGGCAAGGCUGAGGAAUCUGACCUACUCGGCCCCAUUGUAUGUGGAUGUCACCAAAAGAGUAAUAAAAAAAGGGCAUGAUUGUGAGGAAGUCACUGAGACUCAGGAAUUCGCCAAGGUCUUCAUUGGGAAGGUUCCUAUAAUGCUCCGAUCAAGUUACUGCACUCUGUAUCAAAAUUCAGAAAAGGAUUUAACAGAGCUUGGGGAGUGUCCAUAUGAUCAAGGUGGAUACUUCAUCAUUAAUGGAAGUGAGAAAGUUCUGAUUGCUCAGGAGAAAAUGAGCACCAACCAUGUCUACGUGUUUAAGAAGAGGCAGCCCAACAAGUAUGCCUAUGUGGCUGAAGUCCGGUCUAUGGCGGAAUCGCAAAACAGGCCACCCAGCAGCAUGUUUGUUCGGAUGCUUUCUCGGACAAGUGCCAAAGGGGGAUCUUCAGGACAAUAUAUACGUGCUACUCUUCCAUAUAUCCGGACGGAAAUCCCUAUAAUUAUUGUGUUUAGGGCUUUAGGAUUCGUUGCUGACAAAGAUAUACUGGAGCACAUAUGCUACGAUUUUUCUGAUACUCAGAUGAUGGAAUUGCUACGCCCUUCUCUGGAAGAAGCAUUUGUGAUUCAGAAUCAACAAGUUGCAUUGGAUUACAUUGGGAAAAGAGGAUCUACUGUGGGUGUGACUAGGGAAAAGAGGAUAAAGUAUGCUAAAGAGAUUCUUCAAAAAGAAAUGCUUCCACAUGUUGGUGUUGGGGAAUAUUGUGAAACAAAGAAAGCUUACUAUUUUGGGUAUAUCAUCCAUCGUCUUUUGCUUUGUGCUCUUGGACGAAGAGCAGAAGACGAUAGGGAUCACUAUGGUAACAAGAGAUUGGACCUUGCUGGUCCCUUACUUGGGGGCUUGUUCCGAAUGCUUUUCAGAAAGUUGACUAGGGAUGUGAGAGCAUAUGUUCAGAAGUGUGUCGACAAUGGCAAGGAUGUUAAUUUGCAAUUUGCAAUCAAAGCAAAGACUAUCACUAGUGGUCUGAAGUACUCCCUUGCCACUGGAAACUGGGGUCAGGCAAAUGCAGCUGGUACAAGAGCUGGAGUUUCACAGGUUUUGAAUCGCUUGACGUAUGCUUCUACACUGUCUCACUUGCGAAGGCUAAACUCUCCAAUAGGGCGCGAAGGGAAAUUGGCAAAGCCCAGGCAGUUGCACAACUCACAUUGGGGGAUGAUGUGCCCUGCAGAGACACCAGAAGGGCAGGCUUGUGGACUGGUGAAGAAUCUGGCACUGAUGGUGUACAUCACUGUUGGAUCCGCAGCAAAUCCUAUCCUGGAAUUUUUAGAAGAGUGGAGUACUGAAAAUUUUGAGGAAAUAUCUCCUGCAGUUAUUCCUCAAGCAACAAAAAUUUUUGUCAAUGGUUGCUGGGUUGGCAUUCAUCGUAAUCCUGAGCUUUUGGUGAAGACACUGAGGCAGUUAAGACGGCAGGUUGAUGUCAACACCGAAGUUGGAGUCAUCCGAGAUAUCCGUUUGAAAGAAUUACGACUUUAUACUGACUAUGGCCGUUGCAGUCGUCCUUUGUUUAUUGUGGAGAAACAAAGGCUGCUGAUAAAGAAAAAGGACAUUCGUGCUUUGCAGCAAAGAGAAUCUUCUGAAGAGGGUGGAUGGCAUGACCUUGUUGCUAAGGGAUUUAUAGAAUAUGUAGAUACAGAGGAAGAGGAAACAACAAUGAUUUCCAUGACUAUUAAUGAUCUUGUAACUGCAAGGCUUAACCCGGAGGAAGCAUAUUCUGAAACUUAUACCCAUUGUGAAAUCCAUCCAUCAUUGAUAUUGGGUGUUUGUGCUUCUAUUAUUCCAUUUCCUGACCAUAACCAGUCUCCACGUAAUACGUACCAAUCGGCAAUGGGCAAGCAGGCCAUGGGAAUCUAUGUCACAAAUUACCAAUUACGAAUGGACACUUUGGCGUAUGUGCUUUACUAUCCCCAGAAACCUCUUGUUACAACUCGUGCCAUGGAACACUUGCACUUUAGGCAGUUGCCUGCUGGCAUUAAUGCAAUUGUUGCCAUUGCCUGCUAUUCUGGGUACAACCAAGAGGAUUCUGUUAUUAUGAAUCAAUCUUCAAUAGAUCGUGGGUUCUUCAGAUCAUUAUUCUUCCGUUCAUAUAGGGAUGAAGAGAAGAAGAUGGGAACACUUGUUAAAGAGGACUUUGGGCGUCCAAGCAGGGAAAAUACCAUGGGGAUGAGACAUGGGUCUUACGAUAAAUUGGAUGAUGAUGGUCUUGCACCACCUGGCACAAGGGUCUCUGGUGAGGAUGUCAUAAUUGGGAAGACAACACCCAUUGCUCAGGAUGACUCUCAGGGGCAGUCUUCAAGGUAUACAAGGCGUGAUCACAGUACAAGCCUUCGUCACAGUGAAAGUGGAAUGGUAGAUCAGGUUUUGUUGACUACAAAUGCUGAUGGCUUAAGGUUUGUGAAAGUAAGGAUGAGAUCAGUUCGGAUACCCCAGAUUGGGGACAAGUUCAGCAGUAGGCAUGGUCAGAAGGGAACUGUUGGCAUGACAUACACACAGGAAGAUAUGCCAUGGACUGUGGAAGGCAUUACCCCUGAUAUUAUUGUGAAUCCACAUGCUAUUCCUUCUCGAAUGACAAUUGGUCAGCUUAUUGAGUGUAUCAUGGGAAAGGUUGCUGCUCACAUGGGAAAAGAGGGAGAUGCUACUCCUUUUACUGAUGUCACAGUGGACAACAUCAGUAAAGCCCUUCACAAAUGUGGGUACCAGAUGCGUGGUUUUGAGACCAUGUACAAUGGUCACACAGGCCGGAAGUUGACUGCUAUGAUAUUCCUGGGUCCCACUUACUACCAGAGGUUGAAGCACAUGGUGGAUGAUAAGAUCCAUUCACGAGGGAGGGGGCCAGUGCAGAUUCUCACCAGGCAGCCUGCUGAAGGACGGUCUCGUGAUGGUGGUCUCCGAUUUGGGGAGAUGGAACGAGAUUGUAUGAUUGCUCAUGGGGCUGCACACUUUCUCAAAGAACGAUUGUUUGACCAGAGUGAUGCCUACAGAGUUCAUGUAUGUGAGCGUUGUGGGCUGAUUGCCAUUGCCAACCUCAAGAAGAACUCAUUCGAGUGCAGAGGUUGCAAGAAUAAGACGGACAUUGUUCAGGUACAUAUACCUUAUGCUUGUAAACUGCUUUUCCAAGAGUUGAUGUCUAUGGCCAUUGCCCCUCGGAUGCUGACAAAGGAAGUGAAGCCAUCCAAAGAUCAAAAGAAGAAAGGAGCUUGACUGAAAAAUCUUUAACCUCAACUUUGUUCAACCUGUAUCAACUGGUUUAAAGUAGUCAUGGGAAUUUCGAAGCUAAUCUAGUUGUUCCGAGUUGAAAGCCAAUGGCAUUGGCUACAUUACAGCAACUCCAGGGAAUGAGGAGAUCACAUGGAAGCCAACACAUAAUGCGAUGAGAACCAAGUAUACAUUGGCGUCUCUGUUGAUGGGUGGGAGGAAGUGGAGAUCAACCACUCUGGUACAACAUCGCGGACAAUAGAUUUUGGGUGUUUCCAUUUGGCACGACACUUGAGCAUUUGAAAAGAACUGAAGCAUGUUGUUGGUAGUUGAAGCAUGGGGCAGCCCUGUUGAGAGUUCUUGUUUAUGUAUAUGGGACUACACAAGGGAUUGCUUUGCCAUGUAGAGGAAGGAGAACUUGUCUUAUUUAUCCCAAGAGUUGGGAGAAAAAGACGGUUGCUACCGAACUAGUUGCCGAAUGCUAUUGUAUCAGUGACCUUUGCCGCUAUUUACUUUGAUUUAGAUGGCCAUCUAAUCUAACAUCAUAAGUUGCGGGUCCCAAUUGGACCGUGUUGUGUAGUUGCAUGUUAGGUUACGGGUUCAGUUUUAAUUGUAAUGAUUUUAUUGUAUUAUUAACAUUUGCUUGAAAUUUCUGCAACUGGCGGUUUUCUGUA